AUGGAUGUCUUCGUUACAAUUCACUUAAACUGGGGAAUGAUGUUCCUUAUUCAGACCACUGCUGGAAUCCUUGGCAAUACCUUCCUCUUUCAUCAGUAUAACUUCCCAUUUUUCACUACACAGGUGAUGCGACCCAGGAACUUGAUUCUCAAUCAGCUCAUUGUAACAAACAACUUGGUUCUUCUCUCCAAAGGGAUUCCUCAAACAUUGACCACUUUGGGGUUGGCACCUUACUUGGGGGAUGCUGGGUGCAAAUCCAUUCUCUACUUGUACAGAGUGGCCAGAGGUGUCUCCCUCAUUACUACCUCCCUCCUCAGUGGCUUUCAGGCCAUUAAGCUUCACCCUAAUACCUCAGGGUGGCUGAGCCUCAGAAUUAGUUCCUCAGAGUGGAUUGGCACCUGCUGUUUCCUUUGCUGGAUGCUGCAGCUCAUAGUCAACAUCCAUGUACCAAAUAUUGUAAGUGCCACACAGAAUAGUAAAAACCUGACUUCCAAAGGACUCCACAGAUACUGUUCCACCGCCGGGCCUGAGAGUUUCAUUUUCUUUGUAGCAGGAGUGAUUUUACCCCUGAAUGAUAUAAUGUGUCUGUUCUUCAUGGCCUGGGCAAGUGGCUCCAUGAUCCUUGUCCUACACAAACACAAACAACGAGUCCAGUACAUCCAUAGCCAUAACCUAUCCUCAAAGUCUGCCCGUGAAGACAGAGCCACACGGACUAUCCUGCUCCUGGUGACCAUGUUUCUCUCCUUUUACUCUCUAUCUUCCAUCUUAUCACUUUGCAUAACCCAGACCGAGAACCCAAGCCACUGGCUGCUAAACACCUGUAUACUGAUGUCACUUGGCUUCCCAACACUCAGCCCCUUUGUAUUCAUUUGCACUUAUUCUCAUACUUCUCGCUGUUGCUUCAUUUCUAAUAUAAAGGAAAGACAAAAUCCACCUACGGUCUUAGCAUUUUAA